GCAACUCUCUCUCUCUCUCUGUUUCUGUUUCUGACUCAUUACAGAACCCAAACACACACACACACACUUACUUCUGGUCUUCUACAUUGCCUUGUCUUCUUCAAGGCCUUCUCCAAGAUCUUCAUACUUGUUCAUCUUCCAGUUCCCUUUCUCCAUAAAGAUUCAAACUUCACAGCUGCAACUUCAAGAUAGUUGCAGAUGACCAACUGGGCUGCCACAUUUUCUCAAAAUAUAAUCAGAAACAGAGACUUACUUCAAUUCUUUCCUCUAUUUUACUCCUCUGCUUGGCCUCUUCACCCAAUUGCUUUCAUAAUCAAAGCCAUCUUCUUUUUUGUUUUUUCUACCUUAUUUUUAUAUGUUUGAAUAGAUACAUCAACAUAACCAGCAAUUCAAUAUAAACUUAGCUUCCCUAUUUAAGUAGGAAAAAAGAUUUUUUUUUUUUUUAAAGGAAUAACUAACAGAUAUUCAUAUCACUCACUAACUCCAUAAAGAUAUAUGAAGUUGUUCCAACAACAAUGAGAGAUGAGAACUCCAAGAAAAGCAAGCUUUCAUGGCCCAAGACAUUGGUCAAGAAGUGGUUCAAUAUCAAGUGCAAAACUGAUAACUUUCAAGCAGAUGAUGAAGUUGAUGAUGAUGUCCUUUAUCAAGGUAUUGAUGAAGAGAGGAAGAGCAACUAUUCAGAGAAGGAGGCAUGCACCAUCAAAAAAAGCAAAACAGAUAAACCAAGCAGAAGAUUCUCAGACAGAAUUCAUGGAGGUAAGAAUGACCUUGAUCAAGCUCAGAUUACAGAAGUGUAUAAUUAUAGAAUCUUUGUUGCCACUUGGAAUGUAGCAGGGAAGUCACCUCCAAGUUAUUUGAACCUUGAAGAUUGGCUUCACACCUCUCCACCCGCUGAUAUCUAUGUUCUUGGGUUUCAAGAAAUUGUACCUCUUAAUGCUGGUAACAUUUUGGGAACAGAAGACAAUGGCCCUGCAAGGAAAUGGCUUGCACUUAUUAGGAAGACCCUUAACAGUCUUCCAGGAACAAGUGGUGGAUGCCACACUCCAUCACCACUCUCUGAUCCUAUUAUAGAGAUUGAAGCUGAUUUUGAGGGAUCAAUGAGGCAGAAGACAACCUCUUUCCUCCAUAGAAGGUCUUUUCAAUCCUUGAGUCAUAGUAUGAAAAUGGAUAGUGACAUCUCACUGCCACAACCGAGCUUUGAUCGGCGUCUCAGCGUCUGUGAUAGAAUGAUAUAUGCUCACAGGCCUAGUGACUACCGAUGGGGUUCUUCAGAUGAUGAAAAUGGAGCUGGGGACUCCCCAGUUACGGCAUCCUAUUCGCCAGUGCAAUAUAGCGGUUGUUUCCCUAUGGAGGAUGUUGAGAAGCAGACAGGGCAACCGAGAUAUUGUUUGGUUGCUAGUAAGCAAAUGGUGGGGAUAUUUCUAACAGUUUGGGUGAAAAGUGAUAUCAGAGAUUAUAUUCACAGCUUGAAGGUGUCUUCUGUUGGCAGAGGUUUGAUGGGAUAUCUUGGAAACAAGGGUUCAAUAUCAAUUAGCAUGUCUUUGCACCAAACAAGCUUUUGUUUCAUCUGUAGUCAUUUGACUUCAGGGCAAAAGGAUGGUGAUGAGCUAAGGAGAAACUUAGAUGUAAUGGAAAUUCUGAGAAAGACAAGGUUUCCCCUUGUCCAAGGCACGAGCGACCAGUAUUCGCCUCAGACAAUUCUGGAACACGACCGAAUAAUUUGGCUGGGGGAUUUAAAUUAUCGGGUAGCCCUUUCUUAUCGUGCGGCGAAAGCUCUUGUUGAGAUGCAUAACUGGAAGGACUUGUUAGAGAAUGAUCAACUGCGAAUAGAGCAGAGGCAAGGUCGAGUAUUCGAAGGAUGGAACGAAGGGAAAAUAUACUUCCCUCCCACAUACAAGUAUUCAAACAACUCAGACAGGUAUGCAGGAGAUGGAAGACAUUCAAAACAAAAGAGAACUCCAGCAUGGUGUGAUAGAAUCUUAUGGCAUGGGAGAGGCCUUCACCAAUUAUCUUAUGUUCGUGGGGAGUCAAGAUUCUCUGAUCAUAGACCUGUGUAUAGCAUAUUCUCAGCAGAAGUUGAUCAAAGAAGCUCUAGUUACUCCAAUUAAUUAUGACUACACUGAUUUGAAUUUCCUUUGACAAGUUCCUAUGAACAUGAGAUAGCCAUGCAAGGUAAUUUGGAUUUUAAAAAAGCAUGCAUUUGAAUUUGAACAUGGUCCCCUCCUCUUGCUGGCAGGUCCAGCUGUUACUAUCAUGUUUCCAUAGAAGGUUAGUUUCAAGUUUUACCGGCCUCUUUCCUUUUCUUAGCAUCAAUUUUUGUUUUUCUUCACUACCUCAUUGUGGAAGUUGCAGAGAACUCUUGAAUACCUGAGGCUCUCAAUGAAAAUAGCAUCUGAAUUCUGAAUUCUCAUUAACAAGAUAAUGAUUUGAAGAAUUGAACUGUGUCUGGCAAGCUUCAGAUCCAAAUAAUAUUGAUUUUAUUCAUUAACACAAAAAAAAAAGUGUAUUUUCUAAAGUGGUUAGUUAGUUAACCUUGUAAUGAAGAGUGACACAAUAAUCGAUUUUGAUCCACUUAGAGAUAUAAGAGAUUCUGAGUUUCAUGAUAAUGACUCUCAUUAAAGUUGUCAAACAUAAGACAUGGACCAUCAAGGACUUCAAACAAUGCAUUUAUUAUCAUUUACUUA